UGGCCUCGCUAGACCCGGCACUUGGACUGAACCACAAGGCACUACAGUAGGGCCGGGCCGGACCAUGACACGGGCCGAGUAAACUGAUGGGGGCUGUCAUUCGUGUCAUCAUCACCUGUCAGUCAACAACUUGAGAGGCACCAGUUAAUCCAUCCGAAAAAAUAGUCCAACCUCGCCGCCGCCGGAGAGGAUGAGCGAGCGGCGGUACACCGAGCAGGAGGAGGCCCUCGAGAUCAAGUCCCUCCGCCGCAUCCUCGCCGCCUAUGCCAACUAUCAAGAUGCAGCAGAAAGGGAUGUCAAGAGAUAUGAGCGGUCAUUUAAAAUGCUUCCUCCUGCACACAAGGAACUUCUUUUCCACCUUGGUCUGAAGUACCAAAGACUCAGAUGGUGUAUAUCCAUGAACGCAGCUUUUAUUAUGAACAUGCUUGAGGCAUUUGAACAUCCUUUCGACAUGAGUCGUUAUCUAGAUGUUGGUGGCGAUGAUCAUCCAUCGAACAUGCAUGACCACAUUCAUGUGGAUUGCACUCAUUCCAGUGGGAGGGGUGAUUGCUCAACAAUUUCUACUUCCAGAAGCAAUACAUCAUUGGAUGAGCAGCAUGAUAACCCCCAAGAAGAUGCCAAGGCCCAUGGUUCUUCAAGUGAAACUGUCAAUAAAAAGGAUGAGGAAGACCACACGGCACGCUGCUCGCAGCCUGUUGGCAGCAACUUGGGAACAUCCCAAGGUGUACAUGUAUCGUGUAAUGGUGAUACAGAUACGAGCACAGCUUAUUGUCAAGAUAAAGAUGUCUCUGCAUCUUCUGCUGUUGAUAAUGUAACACCACGGCAUUGCGCAGGUUCAUUGUUCAAGUUGAAUGUUCCUCCAAUUGAUGUUGACAAGGUACGAUGCAUCAUAAGAAAUAUAGUGAGAGAUUGGGCUGAAGAGGGUCAAAAGGAACGUGAUGAGUGCUACAAGCCUAUUCUCGAGGAGCUUAAUCGUCUUUUUCCUAACCGGAGCAAUGAAAGGCCUCCUUCAUGUCUAGUCCCUGGUGCUGGGCUUGGGAGAUUGGCGCUGGAGAUAUCUUCUCUGGGUUUUGUAAGCCAGGGGAAUGAGUUCUCAUAUUACAUGCUGAUUUGUUCAAGUUUCAUCCUGAACCACACCCAAGAGGCUAAUGAAUGGACUAUAUAUCCUUGGAUACACAGUAACUGCAAUUCUCUUUCAGACAAUGAUCAACUUCGGCCUGUUUCAUUUCCUGAUAUCCAUCCCUCAAGUGCAGGUAUCACGGAUGGAUUUUCAAUGUGUGCUGGGGAUUUUGUAGAGGUCUACAGUGAGGAGAGCCAAGAAUCUGCAUGGGAUGCUGUUGUAACUUGCUUCUUCCUGGAUACGGCACACAAUAUUGUUGAAUAUAUUGAGAUCAUAUCAAAAGUUCUUAAGGAUGGUGGGGUCUGGAUAAACUUGGGCCCGCUUCUAUAUCACUUUGCUGAUUCAUAUGGGCCUGAUGAUGAUAUGUCUAUUGAACUAAGUCUGGAAGAUGUGAAAAAGGUUGCUUACCAUUACGGAUUUGUGAUGGAGGUGGAGAAAAUGAUAGAAACUACUUACACUGCAAAUAUGAGAGCAAUGAUGCAGAAUCGAUACCGUGCAGCAUUCUGGACAAUGAGGAAGAAUGCAUCUCGGGCAAAGGCUCAGAAGCCUCGUUGAAGUGAAGAUAAUCAUCUAUGCAGUGUGAUCUGCGGUAUACAACUAAUAGGCUGAUCAGUCCAUGGCGUGUUUAUCCAGGCUGGCGCAAAUGGGAUGAUCAGUUCGUGCCAUCAUUUUUUUCACCAUUGUAUUCAAACUCUACAGAAACUGCGCCAUGACAACUUUAGAUAGCCAUAUAUCAGAUUAGCUGCCUGAUUCACAUAGAAUAUAAUUGGCAUCACAUAGGAAAGGGCGAUGUCUCUGCUCGGACUACAUAGGAGAAAAGGAUGAGCUAGCUAGCGUACAAGGUGUUAGACCGUUAGUUGGUUUGGAGACCGGGAUAGCACAACGAGAUGCACUAUUGUCAAAAUCGUGACGCUUGUCUUGUGAUCUAUAGGCAGUAACUCCAAAGGUGUAUAAUUUGUGAAUUGAAACUGUACCAUGAUUUCUUGAACUCUGUCCAUUAUACAUUUCUCAGCGCUGAAGCUGAAAUUUUUCUGCA